AUGGCCAUUGGCCAGCAGUCCUUCUUCCAGGGCUGUAUCGUGGGCGUGACAGCAUCUAUUGGCAAGGAUUUGCACAUGAAUUCCGCUGAAAUCACUUGGAUCAACGCCGGUGCCUCCCUCACCAGCGGCGCCUUCCUACUCACCUUCGGGAAGCUAGCCGACAUGUUCGGACGCAAGAUGCUCUUCACCAUCGGCAUGGGCGGUUUCACCAUCUCGCUACUCAUCGCGGGAUUCGCUACAAAUGCCAUCUACAUGGAUGUCUUCUCGGGGAUUUUAGGUCUAUUCGCAGCUGCUGUCGUUCCACCCGCGGUCGGUGCCUUAGGCGCUACUUACGAGAAGCCCUCGAAGCGGAAGAACCUUGCCUUUGCCUGCUUCAGCGCGGGCAACCCGCUCGGGUUUGUUGGCGGCAUGAUCAUCUCCGGUGUUGCGGCGCAUUUGGCUAACUGGCGCGCUUCGUUCUGGGCACUCGCGGUUGUUUAUGCUAUCUUUACCGUUCUGACUGUAUGGACGGUGCCGGCUGAUGGGUUUGCGAGGACGCCUUUGAGUGUCAAGGCUUUGAAGCAGUUUGAUAUUCUCGGGAUGGCGUUGGUUGUUGUUGGGUUUGCGUUCUUUUCGAGUUCGCUUUCUCUGGCUGCAGAUGCACCCGAUGGCUGGAAAACUGGAUACGUCCUUGCUCUGUUUAUUGUGGGCUUUUUCCUUCUCCUGGCGUUCCUGUAUUGGCAGUCCGUUGCUCCACACCCUCUGAUGCCUCUUUGGGUCUGGCGAGAUCGUAAUUUCUCUCUUCUCAUUGGAACUUGCUGUCUUGGCUUCAUGGGCUUCUCUGCCACCAGCUUCUACCUCGCUCUAUAUCUUCAAAACGUGAAACAUCUUUCUGCCCUAGAGAUCACCGUCCAGCUACUCCCAAUGGUUGUCAGCGGCGUGCUGGUCAAUGUUGUCUGCGGUCUGCUUCUGCAUCGCGUAAGCAACAAAGUACUUACCGGCAUCGGAGCGCUGGCGUAUACAGCUUCGUUCCUUAUCCUGAGUUUCAUGAAACAAGAUGCUACCUACUGGGCGUUUAUCUUCCCAGGGCUAGUGCUUGUCGUUGUUGGUGCUGACAUUCAGUUCAACGUCACAAAUAUGUAUGUGAUGUCCACCCUUCCACCAUCCGAGCAAUCCAUCGCCGGCGGCAUCUUCAACACCGUCAACAAGUUGUGUAGCAACCUGGGUCUUGGCAUUGCUACCUCCGUGCAGAGCUCAGUCGCCCUUCGCAUGACUGCCUCCUCGCCUGCUAUUCGGCCUUAUCUCUCGGUUUAUUGGUUUGCGGCUGCGGCUUCAGGGGUGUCUUUGGUUUUGGUUCCGUUCUUGACAAUUGGUAAACAGGGCAAUGAUGUUUCGCAAAAUGACCAGUUGAUCCUCGAGGAGGCCGGUGAGAAGACAGAUGUCACUGCUAAGACUAUUUCUGUGAUUUCUUCUGCUGUUGAUAUCGCGGAGCAUGAGAAGAGGUAG